UUUUCCCAUAUAGGUCAUUACAGACUAUUGAGAAGAGUUCCCUGUGCUAUACAUGCCAACAACAUGCCCAAGCAGGUGGAAGUACGGAUGCACGACAGCCACCUCAGCUCGGAGGAGCCGAAGCCCCGGCAUCUGGGGCUGCGCCUGUGUGACAAGCUGGGGAAGAAUCUCCUGCUCACACUGACCGUGUUUGGUGUCGUCCUGGGGGCAGUAUGUGGAGGGCUUCUUCGCUUGGCAUCUCCUAUCCACCCUGAUGUGGUUAUGUUAAUAGCCUUCCCAGGGGAUAUACUCAUGAGGAUGCUAAAGAUGCUCAUUCUGCCUCUAAUCAUCUCCAGUUUAAUCACAGGGUUGUCAGGCCUGGAUGCUAAAGCCAGUGGCCGCUUAGGCACGAGAGCUAUGGUAUAUUACAUGUCCACGACCAUCAUCGCUGCGGUGCUGGGGGUCAUCCUGGUAUUGGCUAUCCACCCGGGGAACCCCAAACUCAAGAAGCAGCUGGGGCCUGGGCAGAAGAACGAUGAAGUGUCCAGCCUGGAUGCCUUUCUGGACCUUAUUCGAAAUCUCUUCCCUGAAAACCUUGUCCAAGCCUGUUUUCAGCAGAUUCAAACAGUGACAAAGAAAGUCCUGGUGGCCCCUCCAUCAGACGAGGACAGCAAUGCCACCAAUGCUGUCCUCUCGCUGUUGAAUGAGACUGUGACUGAGCCACCUGAGGAGACGCAGGUGGUUAUCAAGAAGGGCCUGGAGUUCAAGGACGGCAUGAAUGUCUUAGGUCUGAUAGGGUUUUUCAUUGCUUUCGGCAUUGCCAUGGGGAAGAUGGGCGAGCAGGCCAAGCUGAUGGUGGAAUUCUUCAACAUUUUGAAUGAGAUUGUAAUGAAGCUAGUGAUCAUGAUCAUGUGGUACUCUCCCCUAGGUAUCGCCUGCCUAAUUUGUGGGAAGAUCAUUGCAAUCAAGGACUUAGAAGUGGUUGCUAGACAACUGGGGAUGUACAUGAUCACGGUGAUUGUCGGCCUCAUCAUCCAUGGGGGCAUCUUUCUCCCCUUGAUUUACUUUCUAGUGACCAGGAAAAACCCUUUCUCCUUUUUUGCUGGAAUUUUCCAAGCUUGGAUCACUGCCCUGGGUACCGCUUCCAGUGCCGGAACUUUGCCCGUCACCUUCCGUUGCCUGGAAGAAAAUCUGGGGAUUGAUAAGCGUGUAACCAGAUUUGUCCUACCAGUUGGAGCAACCAUUAACAUGGACGGUACAGCCCUUUAUGAAGCCGUGGCCGCCAUCUUUAUAGCCCAGAUGAAUGGCGUCAUCCUAGACGGAGGCCAGAUUGUGACCGUAAGCCUCACGGCCACGCUGGCCAGCGUUGGUGCAGCCAGUAUCCCCAGUGCUGGGCUCGUCACCAUGCUCCUUAUUCUGACGGCUGUGGGCUUGCCGACCGAGGACAUCAGCCUGCUGGUGGCUGUGGAUUGGCUGCUGGACAGGAUGAGAACAUCCGUCAAUGUUGUGGGAGACUCUUUUGGGGCUGGGAUUGUCUAUCACCUCUCCAAGUCUGAGCUGGACACCAUUGACUCCCAGCACCGAGUGCAUGAAGAUAUUGAAAUGACCAAGACUCAGUCCAUUUAUGAUGACAUGAAGAACCACAGGGAAAACAACUCCAACCAAUGUGUCUAUGCUGCACACAACUCUGUCAUAGUAGAUGAGUGCAAGGUAACUCUGGCAGCCAAUGGAAAAUCAGCCGACUGCAGUGUUGACGAAGAACCUUGGAAACGUGAAAAAUAA